AGUCAGGAUAGUAGGAGGCAUAUUCAACAAGUAUAAAAAGGGAUCUAAAGGAAAGUUGAUAUCAAUCAGCUGUACAAGAAGUCCCUGCGUUUCCUUCCAAAAAGUAAAUAUGACACUGCUCCAUAGGGUUUCAUCAGUGGCACUAUGCAGCCUGACCAGACCACAGAGGUUGCAGAAACAGAUGUUCAUGUUGGUACGAAUGUGUACAUCUAAGAAUGAAUCCAGGCGGAAACAGAGCACAGACACUGGGUCCGGAGAAAAUGGUUGGAAAUGGGGUGCUGCCACAGCGGGAGCAUUGUUCGGAAUGGGCUCCUUCCUGAUUUUUGAUUCUCAGAGGCGAAAAGUUGCUCAAGCAGAGUCUAAAGAAGAACACGUCCCUUCGAAUUCUCUCCCUCAGUAUACAAGAGAGGACGUCAAGAAGCACAAAAAUCCCACGGACAGGAUAUGGGUUACAUAUGCAGGAGAAGUAUUUGAUAUCACAGAUUUUGUGGAUCUGCAUCCUGGAGGAAAAAGGAUCUUGCUGGCUGCGGGGGGAGCGUUAGAGCCUUUCUGGGCCCUUUAUGGUGUUCACAAGAGUGAGCAUGUGAUGGAAAUUUUGCAAGAGUACAAGGUUGGAGUGCUCAGCCCUGAAGACAAGGAGGAGCCAUGUGAUGUGUCUGAUCCUUACUCUGGUGAUCCUUCUCGACAUCCUAUUCUAAAGGUCAAUAGUCAAAAGCCUUUUAAUGCUGAACCUCCUCCUGAAUUGCUAACAGACAGCUUCAUCACUCCAAAUCAGCUGUUCUUCAAGAGGAACCAUUUGCCAGUGCCAAAUAUUAAACCUGAUGAGUUCCAGCUUGUUGUAGAGAGACCCCCUGGAGCAAAGCAGGGUAAACCCUUAAAACUGUCCCUGAAAGACCUCAAGACGAAGUUUUCACCACAUGAAGUUACUGCCACUUUGCAAUGUGCAGGAAAUAGGCGCUCUGAGAUGAAUGAUAUAAAGCAAGUUAAGGGACUAGACUGGGGUACAGCAGCCAUUAGUACAGCUCGUUGGGCAGGAGUACGACUAAGGGAUGUUUUACUAGAUGCUGGCUAUACAGAGGACACACUCAAUUUGCUACAUGUCCAGUUUGAAGGCUUGGAUCAAGACAUAACUGGAACAAAUUAUGGAGCAUCAAUCUCUUUUAAGCGUGCAAUGAGCAAGGACCAUGAAGUCCUACUUGCGUAUGAAAUGAAUGGGGAGGAAUUGCCUAAAGACCAUGGCUUUCCUCUGCGGGUUAUUGUGCCAGGUGUGGUAGGUGCCCGGAAUGUGAAGUGGUUGGGACGAAUCAUUGUAAGUGCAGAGGAAAGUCCUAGUCACUGGCAACAGAAUGAUUACAAGGGCUUCAAUCCAAAUGUAGAUUGGGAUACUGUAGACUUUUCUUCUUCUCCAGCCAUACAAGACCUACCUGUACAAUCUGCCAUUACAGAACCGCGGCCUGGGGAAAAGAUCACCCCAAAUCAUGAUGGAAAUGUGACCAUCAAAGGAUAUGCAUGGAGUGGAGGCGGGAGAGAGAUUGUUCGAGUGGAUGUGUCUCUGGAUGGGGGAAAAACCUGGAAAGUGGCUGAACUUACUGGAGAGGAGAAAGAGGGUCUGGCCUGGGCAUGGAAAGUCUGGAUACUGGAGGCAGCUAUUCCUGUAGAAUGCAAUGAAAUGACUAUCAUCUGUAAAGCCGUAGAUGACAAUUACAAUGUGCAGCCUGAUUCUGUGGCCCCAAUAUGGAACUUGCGUGGGGUAUUGAAUAAUGCAUGGCACCGUAUAAGCGUCACAGUAGACCGAGAUUAACACUGGAUAGAGAAAUGGGAUGUUACAAUAAGUGGUACAUAAAGGUGUGAGGUACAGUAUAUUGUAGCUCUUAAUGAUGCUUCCUAGUCACGGAGUGGUUUUGCUGACCCCCUUUUUAUGCUUCUACGAACUUGAGCUUAUAUUUCAUAUUGAGUGCUAUGUGGUUCCUAUAAAUAGUUGGUGCUAUGUGGUUCCUAUAAAUAAGUCCUGUCUGCACCUAAAGAGCAUAUAAUAAAUGUAUGUGCGUGUGUUUUUGUAUCCUAUACAUUAAAUACAUGGGGGUAGUUAUAAAGUGCCUCUUUCCACAGGGAAGUAAAAUAAUUCAGGGAAAGUCUCAUGUUUGAAUGAGAACGCUACAGAUAGAGAAAAUGAUUUUGCUCUGUCCAUGGUCAUCUUCCAAGAUCCUCCUAAUUCUACGGCUGCUGUACAGUCAUCCGCAAUGCCACAUGCAUGCUAGGCUCUGCCCAGCCCUUCUUACUGGGAGGCCUUCCAAUACAUAUGAGUCAGUCACCUGGUCCCACUGAAAUUGGCUGACAAAGGGGUUGGUUUAUUUAUUUUUUCCCUACCCUCUUCCCAACACUUACUAGGUCUGCUGGUCAUUGGAUGAGAUGGACAUUUCCUGAGUGUCAAGACAGAACCUGUGAAGCAGGGACCUAGUUAGCUUGUAAACAGCGGCAUAGGACUGGUGAUGUAAUUUUAAUUUUUAAAAAUAUUCUUGUUUUACCCCACUGGACAACACCUUUAACCCCUUAAUGACAUUCACAGUACAUGUACGGCUGAUGUAAUCUCCGAGUGGCUGCCAUUGUUGUGGGGCUGAUUUCUGCAGUCAGCGAUAACGCCAGUUUCAGACAUUUAGACCCACAGAUUCCUCGGUAAAUUGUGACCCUAGUAUCUGAGACGGCCUGAACGUUUUCUCCAUGCGGAAAUGGGGGAAGCUGUUUGUUGGUGAAUGUACGCCUGCAAAUGGAAGUACUAAAUUUCCCAUACACUGCUGUAUUAAAUCACAUUCAUGUAUGGAAGAGGCAGUCUAAUGACUGCACUUUCAGGUCCCCUAGGGGAGCUUAAAAAAGGUUAAAAA